AUGUCGCACAAUCAGGUUCCACAACAUUUUCCAGCCAGUGAUGUUGUAUUUCUCGAUGCUGGCAAUGGAACAUCUGCUCUAAUACAUCUUCAUGGUGCUACAGUGUUAUCAUGGAAAGUAAACGGUAAAGAAAUGUUAUUUGUUAGUGAAAAGUCUGUUUUUGAUGGCAAAAAAGCUAUAAGAGGUGGAAUACCUAUUGUAUUUCCUCAGUUUGGACCUUGGGCUUCAGGACCUCAACAUGGAUUUUGUAGAAUCAAGAGAUGGAACUCAGAGAUACCACCUACAAAGGACAGUAAGGGUACAGUAAUAGCUAUGUUAUCUCUACAAGAUGAUGAAGAAACAAGACAAAUGUGGAAUUACAAAUUUAAAGUUGUUUAUUCUUUACGAUUGCAAGAAAAUGCUUUUAUCAUGAAUCUAACCAUCCAUAAUGAAGGUAUGUGUAUUUCUUUUUUUGGGUUUUCUACAUUACUCCAUUCCUACAUUCGUACACCUGAUAUUUUAAAUACCUCUGUACAUGGCUUAAAUGGUGUUAAAUAUGUUGACAAGGUGAAUAACAACAGAACUGAUGUUGAAAAGAGAGAAAAUAUUUUUAUGGAUGAAAAUUAUGACAGGGUGUACAUUGCUUGUCCUACUCAUGUUGAUGUCAGUCAUAUUGGAUGUGGUCAACAUAAUUUAAAUAUCAAAACAUUUAAUUUACCAGAUAUAGUUCUAUGGAAUCCAUGGACAGAGAAAGCUAAAGCAAUGUCUGAUUUUGGUGAUGAAGAAUAUAAGAAUAUGAUUUGUGUAGAAGGGGGUAAGGUUAAUAAACCGGUCACUCUUGAAGCUGGGAAACAAUUUGAAUGUAGUCAAACAUUUACUGUUUCACCUGCUUACUAA